AUGAUUCGAUUAUUACCAUUUCUAUAUUUGGGAAACCGGGAUGACAUAGAUCAUGUUGAAAAUCUUAAAGAAAAUAACGUACAAGCGCUGGUAAUAUGUUGCACUUAUUUCGAGUACCCUGAAGAUAAAGUCCCAAAUGGGUUUGCGAAAUUACGAGUUAAUUUGGAAGACAUAGGAAUGGAACAAAUAUCUUCCUAUUUUGAGGAAUCCAAUAAUUUCAUUCAUUCGUAUGUUAAGAAGGAGCAGGGAGUUCUCAUCUCAUGCUGCCAAGGCAUCAGCAGAUCGUCCACGAUGUGCAUAGCCUAUCUGAUGGGAAAGCAGAAUUUCUUCCUCAUUGAAGCAUUCAACUUUGUAAUGGAGAAGAAGACCAUCUGCCCGAACAUUGGAUUUAUUGAGCAGCUGUGUGACUAUGAAAAAGUUUUAAAGAACAAAAUUACCUUUUCCUCCAAGAAGUACAUAAACUGGUUUACCUCCCAGAUGUGUGACAAUAACGUAAAGACAGAUUUUAGUCUGGAGUGCAAAAAGAACACCACAUAGAUUUUCGUUUCACCAGUGGUCGCUUCCAGUAGUGCCUAAUCAUGGGCUACUUUACAUACAGUGGAAGCGAAGCUUAAUUUUUUUUACCCCGUUUUAGCGAACGGAGGGUUGUCAACGCGCGUAUUGGAGGGGACACACGCAUCCACAUAUAUUCAGACCUGCCUAUUAAUUUAUCAGCUGCUUCACGUGAGGGUAAAGGUGAGGUGAAGAUGAGGCCCCCAUUUUUGAUCCAUUUGAAUAGAUCUACCUUUUCUUUUUAAAUGUAGAACGAGCGUGUGUGUCCUUACUCUUUGAUUUGUUCUGGGGGAAGGCGUACAAUUGUACGUAUAUAUAUAGUUAUGCUUAUGGAAGGCUCAGUAGUACAUUUUGCUUCUCCUUUCCCACCCUUUUUUUCUUCUGAAAUAUAUAUUUUAUCCUAAUUCGAAUA